UGAGAGCUUCAGCUGUCAAAAUGUGAAAAAAAUAAUAUUUUCUACCUUUCCUCCUGUGCGUGUGGUGCGUGUUCUUCUGGAUCAUAGCUGACAUCAGCAUUUGGAAAGGGGAUUUUUCUACUGUUAAAUCGACGAUAAACAUGCGUUAAACUAAUCGUUAAUACCAAUUUUCGUGGUGCAGUUUAAUGAAAUUGUAUUAGGUAGCACGAAAAUUGUCGGCCGCAAGCUGGAAGAACUCGUCUUCUCUUCCGGGUAGUGAAGUAGGAAAGAGGUUUCUAAACGACUGAGGACUAUCUCUAAUGAUCUAUUAGCGGUGGGUGUCAAAGUUCAUUGUGGAUCGAAACAGCUCAAGCAUGGCUUCGAUCUCUUGAAAAUACCAUCGACCUCCCCGCAAUUUCGGCUGUGAUAUGAUCUGAAAUAGAGCAAGUCCAUUAUUCUGCACGACAAGAAUAAAUGUUUCGAGUCAAAUUUAAGUUAAGAAGAAAAAUCGAUGAGUGAUCGCUGAUUUCGUUAAGGAGAAGUUAAGCAAGGAGUCCCAAAAAUGGAAGUGUCUCGGCCACCAGUCAUGAAAGUAGCCAGCUGUAGUAAACCAUUUCAGUGCUCUGAGUGUGAUAAGCAGUUUCGACAGCUUAGCACUCUCACAAAUCACAUGAAAAUUCAUACAGGCGACAAACCCUAUAAAUGCACAAUAUGCUCGAAAGAGUUCCGCCAGACUACAACUCUAUCGAACCAUAUUAAAAUUCAUACAGGUGAAAAACCAUUUCACUGCACUUAUUGUGGCAAACAAUUCCGGCAGCUGAGCACACUUUCAAACCAUUUGAAAAUCCACACUGGUGAAAAACCAUACGAGUGUUCCGUUUGUGGUAAACAGUUCCGACAGUCUAGUACGCUUAAUAGUCACAUUAGGAUCCAUUCGGAUGAUAAGUAUUCUGUGAAACCCUUCAAAUGCACAAUGUGUCCCAAGGAGUUCCGCCAAACUACGACUCUGUCAAACCACCUGAAAAUUCACACAGGUGAAAAGCCCUAUACUUGUACAUAUUGCAAUAAAAGUUUUAGACAGACUGGAACGCUCUCGAAUCAUAUGAAAAUCCAUACUGGAGAAAAGCCCUACGAGUGUGCUGUCUGCCAGAAACAGUUCAGACAGUCUAGCACGUUGAAUUCUCAUAUCCGAAUCCACACCGAUGACAAGAUUUGUAAAACAUCAUCUUCGCCAGUUCCUGUACCAACACCGAUAUCGACCAUGACGAUAUUGAAGCUCGAGGAUAUGAAACCACUCUACACGAUAAUUUAAUAAGUAUACGAAUCGACCGAACCGGGCAGCAAACCAACCAAUUCCAAUUGCUUCGACGUUUAUAAACGUAUUUAAAAACUCAUCGAUUGAUUCUACGGCAAAGCCUUGACUAUGGGUAGUACCUAUUCUACCACUUCGUGAGCUUAUCGAAUUAAGUUUGGUUAACUUUAAUGACUCGAUUCGUUUUUCGUUUUAACCCUCAAGUGGAUUGGUAGCAAUUAAAGCUUUAGGAUUUCGGAAGCCACGUGGAGGUUAAUUUGCUCACACGUUCAAAGUCACUUCCGUUACUGAACACCUGAAGAAAAGUUAAUCUCGAAUGGGGAUGGCAUACUUGUUACUGUUUGUGUAUUUUCUCGACCAAUUGAUGCUUUGCUCCUUGUAAUUUUCCAAUCAAUCACCUUGUAAUCGGAUUAAUUUCGCCGGUGCAUUGGAAAUCCAAAUUAAAACAUUAACCAACCUGCAUCCAUCGGUUGCCAACAUGGGAUGGCAUGGCAUCUCGCUUGAGCAUUAUUAAGUUUAAUCAGGCGCACUUCCACGCAAUGAGGGUUAUCUAAAGUACGUGACGAUAAUGGAAAUAUACGCAAUUGCAUGCCCGGGGGCUGAUCAGGCUCACGGGGAUAUUGAUUUCCGAACGAAUGGCCAAACAAGCCCGGUGGUGACUGGGCUGGAAACUCAUCUCAUUGAUGGGAUUGCUUUGCGUUAUCAGUAAGUCUGAAAUCGAACGGGUAAUUACAGUGCGACACAAGGGAGGCAGCUCGCUUUCUUGGUUCACAAUUGGCUCGUUGACGUCCAAGGGCUGAUCAAAUAUGUAGUCGCUCGGGUGCACCGUCUUCAAUGUAGGGGUGUUCAUACUCAAGAAUCAUGUAGUGUAAAUUGCUGAAAAAGGUAAGGACUUGCAUUAUAAUUGAAAUUUCUUUGAUAUUUACUACAAAAAGAAUUAAUUUUGCAAAAAAUUCCUACAAAGGUUAUUCUUCAUUGAAAUCCCCUAAAUUUAGCCGAGGACAGCUUUUAACGAAGUUUUACGAAAGUCAAUACUUAAUUUUCUAAAUUGGAUUGUGUAAUGAUAAAAAAGUAACAGUUUUUUUGUAGCUUGCUUAAAAGAGCUAAUCUUAAAACAUGGGUUUUUACGUUUCAAUAACUCAAUUUUGACAUUAUUAAUUAUUUGAAAAGAUUUCAAUCUGUAGGUGCCAUUGUACCGAUUCAUUAAAUGACGACGUUUAUACAGGGUGUCUAAAUUAUUCGUACCAACUUUGAAAGCUUGGCUCCAUGCAAACACGCGCAAUUAAUUCAGUAUUCCGGCACGAUUUAAUGUAUUGACCUAUUUUAUUAUUGAGCUGUGAGUUUGACACAUUUCCCAUUUCAAAUAUUUGUAAAACCAAGCCAAAUGUGUUGAGUGGUCUUAGAGAGAGAGCUGUUUUUCUUUAAUCCUAAUAAUUGAACAUCCCUAACUUCACUUUUCGUUCGCCUAUGACCGUUGCGAUUGGAUGUGAA